UGAAGAUUCGUUGAAGAUCAUGCAGAAGGCUACUACCCCACCCCCAAGAUCUGUGGCAUACCAUGAUGAGUCGGAGAUUGUACAAGCUAGGGUUCACAAAUCGCUCAAAGUUUGGUCGCUGUAUGCAGAUCUGGAAGAGAGCUUCGGAACAUUCAAGACCUGUAAAGCGGUCUAUGACCGAAUCAUCGAUCUUCGCAUCGCCACGCCUCAGAUUAUCAUGAACUACGGCCUCUUCCUGGAAAAAAACAACUACUUUGAAGAAGCAUUUAAGGCGUAUGAAAAGGGUAUUGCCUUGUUUAGGUGGCUAAAUGUGUACGACUUGUGGAACACCUACCUUUCCAAGUUUAUCGAUCGAUACGGUGGGAAGAAGCUAGAGCGGGCUAGAGACCUCUUUGAGCAAUGCUUGGAAAAUUGUCCCGCCAAGUUUGCAAAAGCAAUUUACCUGCUAUAUGCCAAACUGGAGGAGGAAUAUGGGCUGGCCAGACACGCCAUGGCUGUGUAUGACAGGGCCACACAGGCCGUGUUACCAGAGGAACAGAAUGAGAUGUUCAACGUCUACAUCAAGAGAGCAGCAGAGCUGUACGGUGUCACCUACACAAGACCCAUUUAUGAAAAAGCUAUUGAGACUUUGAACAACGAACAAGCUAGAGAGAUGUGCCAAAGAUUUGCAGAUCUUGAGAGGAAGCUUGGAGAAAUUGACAGGGCUAGGGCUGUCUAUGCCCACUGUUCUCAAAUUUGCGACCCAAGGUCGACUGCUACCUUCUGGCAGACAUGGAAGGACUUUGAAAUCAAGCACGGAAACGAAGACACUGUCCGCGAGAUGCUCAGGAUUAAGCGCAGUGUUCAGGCCAUGUAUAACACGCAGGUGAACUUCAUGUCGGCACAGAUGCUCGCUGCAGCCACCACAAAGGGGGAUAACCAAGCACCAAGUGAGAUUGCUGAUGAGAUGCAGAAACUAGAAGAAAAGGCAAGACAGUUGGCUGAGGAGGCAGCUAAAGACCAAGGCAAGCAAGACAAAGGCAUCCUAUUUGUUAGGAGUAACACUACGGAUGAGGAGUUAGGCGAGAUGACAAAGACAACAAACCCUGACGAGAUCAACAUAGACGAAGACUUCUCAACUGAUGAGGAUGAGGCGGUCGAAGUGGUCCAGCAGCAGUCCGUUCCCACGGAGGUGUUUGGAGGACUCGCCAAGGAUGACGAUUAACAAACUGCUUUGGUGACUUUCUGUGGAUAAGUGACUUGUCAUGGAUUGGUGACUUUCUGUGGAUAACUGACUUGUCGUGGAUUGGUGACUUUCCCAGGAUACGUGACUUGUCGUAGAUUGGUGACUUUCUGUGGAUAAGUGACUUGUCAUGGAUUAGUGACUAGACGUGGAUUUAUGACUUUUCAUGGAUAAUUACCUUUGCAUGGACAAACGACAUGAAAUAAUUGAAAUACCAUGGAUGAUCGACAUACCAAUAUCAUGGAUUUUUGAAUUGCUGUUGAUAAGUGAUUUCUUAUCAUGUAUUAAUGAUCCGUCAUUGUUUAAGGACUUUUCAUAUGUAUGAAUGACUUAACGUAAUUGAUAUACGAUUUAUCAUAUAUAAUACUGACUUAUGACUGUGUUGUUGAUAUUUCUUUGGAAAAACAGUAAUUCACAUUGAUGAGACAAGUUACCUGAUUAUUUAUGUACAAGUUACAUCAAUAAAAUUUGAAUUAUCA